CUUUCGGGAAGUUUCGGGUACCAGGUCAGGUACUUGCCGUACAGGCUACCAAUGGAAUGCAAGCGCUUUAAAGGUUUUAAGCUUUCCAUGUUUUACUUUUUGGCAAGGAAGGUCUCAAGCACAUUUAAUAGCAAUUAUAUCCGGGAAACAUCAGCAGCAUUGCUGCUGCUGGCCUGACCAACAUGACUCUGUGGGGUUAUAUUAUAUCAAACACGUCACAAAGCGCUGGCCGUCUCCUUGCGUUUGGAGCGCUGUGCAUUGGUGGAACGUAUGCAGUCGGUACAGCAUUUAGCAAAGCGACGACUGGACCCCUCGACAUGAAGCAGAGCAAGAUUGUGUCAAGCCAGAUGUCAUAUGACAACAAGCGUGUUGCAAGUGCGCAGCAGCAGCGCUUGAGCACCAUGCUGAAGGACAUAGCCGAAGGAAAGGGUGAUGACCACUGGAAGGCGGCCAUGAGGGGAACGCUCGUGCCCCACCCACUAGCUGAGAACAAGACGGAG